AUGUGUGGCCUGGACGUGAGACGCUUCUUUGAGGAGUGGCGCAUCUGGAUACGCCCGCUGCUCAUCGUCACCUAUGUUAUUUUCGCCAUCAUCGUGGUGCCGCUGCUCAUCGUUAACUCCGUUAAAGAUGGCUUCCAGCGCAAUGAUCAGCUCAUCCUCAUUGGCGGCCUGUUUGUGCUGUCUGCAGUGCCCGUUUCCAUAUGGCACAUCAUCCAACACGUCAUCCAUUUCACCAAGCCCAUACUGCAGAAGCACAUAAUCCGCAUAUUGUGGAUGGUGCCCAUUUACGCCCUGAAUGCGUGGAUCGGCCUCUUCUUUCCGAAGCACUCCAUCUACGUGGACUCGCUGCGCGAAUGCUACGAGGCGUACGUCAUUUACAACUUCAUGGUGUACCUGCUCAACUACUUGAAUCUCGGCAUGGAUCUGGAGGCCACCAUGGAGUACAAGCCGCAGGUGCCGCACUUCUUUCCGCUCUGCUGCAUGCGGCCGUGGGUGAUGGGCCGUGAGUUCAUCCACAACUGCAAGCACGGCAUCCUCCAGUACACGGUGGUCCGGCCCAUUACCACCUUCAUCUCUGUCAUCUGCGAGCUGUGCGGCGUCUACGGUGAGGGCGAGUUCGCCGGCAACGUGGCUUUCCCCUACAUUGUGGUCGUCAACAACAUUUCCCAGUUUGUGGCCAUGUACUGUCUGGUUUUAUUCUACCGUGCUAAUAAGGAGGACCUGAAACCCAUGAAGCCCAUUCCCAAGUUUCUGUGCAUCAAAGCCGUGGUGUUCUUCUCGUUUUUCCAAGGAGUGCUGCUUAAUGUGCUGGUAUAUUAUAACAUAAUCAAGGACAUUUUCGGCUCAGAUGUGGGCGACACGAAUCUAGCAUCCCUUUUACAGAACUUCCUCAUCUGCAUUGAGAUGUUCAUCGCCGCCGUGGCCCACAUCUACAGCUUCCCGCACAGCCCGUUCCACAUCAACUCGCCGCAGUAUUGGAACAACCCGGAGCACAGUUGGUGUCGCGCCUUCCUCUCCAUGAUGGACAUCUCGGACAUGCAGGAGGACGUCACCGAGCAUCUGGGCGUCGUGGGAAGUUCGCUGAGUCGCCGCUUCCAGGGACGCAGCACGUACCAGCCUCUGGCGCGCAGUCCUCGUCGCUCCAGCAGUGAGUCCGAGUAUCUGAUCAGCAAGCGGCAGGAUCAGCAGCUGCCGGGCAGUUCGUCGCAAUCAGGUAACAUGUAUGGUGCAACUUCCAGUCGCCUGAUCGUGCCCGUCUAUGAUGGCAAGCUGAUAACACUGCCCGAAAACCAACCCACUCACUCCCAAUCUCAAUCUCGAUUUCCUUUAGCAGGCGUGGUCGACGAUGGCGCCAGUAGCAAUAGCAACAACUACCAACAACAACAACUACACUUGCCGGGCGCGACGGGCUCCUCCCAGCUGUCGACUCGUCAGCGCGACACGCUGCAUCUUCGCGAGCGCGAAAGGGAUCCGGGUGCGGGUGCUGGCGGAGGUGGCCACUUCCUGCGCCUGCCGCCCGGUGCCGGAGCCGCUUCGGCUGCAGCGCCGAUUCCCGAGUCCAACGACGACUAUGCCCUGCUGUUGGGUGCGGGCGCGGGCAGGUGACACCGCUACCAACAGUAUCACCACUACCAGCACCAUCAGCACCCGCACAUCGACGACGCCUUCGAGGAUGAGGACGGCGUGGACGUGAGCCACCAGCUGAAUGCCUCAUCGCUCAGCGCCUCGCUGUCCGUUUCGUUUGGCAUGUCGAGCAGUCUUAAGUUUAGUGCCACUGGCAGCAACCAGUCGGCGUCCGAGUGGUCCAACUCAACGGGCGGGGAUGAUGACGCUGACGACGACGAUGACGUGGACGUGGGCGGUGAGGAUGGGGAGGAUGGAGACGGGGACGACGGUGCUGGCGAGCAGCCCGUUGUAGUUGUGGCCUCCACGACGCGGCGACGCCGCGAUCGAGAGUACAUCACCUAGACGCGCUGACCUUAAAACCUUUUUCAGUUAUGUAUGCGCCAUGGCUGUAUUUAUUGUUUUCCCAUAUCUUUAUUUGUGCUAGGCUUAGAAUACUCAUGAAACGAACCCUUUCUAGCGGCCCAUUAAAUGGGGCAUUUGAAUUGUGGCCUUAGUUUUCAUCGCGAAAGCAGCUUUUUUAUAAUCGUUUUUCCUGAUAGCGCACACAAAACAAAUCCACACAUCCCCUAGCCCAAAGAAUCAUCAUUAAACAUGUGCGAAUUGGGGUCAGAUAUUUUGUAUGUAUGUACUUUUUAUGUGCUGAUUUUGUAAACCGACCUUCCCGAAACGAUAUUUUUACUCUAUACAUCCCCGCUAGGUGGUCCCGCAUAGUUAGGUCUCGAACUUUUGUGUGGCUAAGUAGUUAAUUGAAAAAAACAUGCCUGAACCGAUUGUGAAUUUUGUGACUGCCGCCGGUCAGAAAAGGGCGUGACUUGUAUUUAAUUAGAAAUUCUUAUUGUAAAACUAAUAUACACAUUUAUAAUAUAAAAUUGAAAAAAUAUUUGCAAA